GAGUCUUUGGAAAAAUUUGUAUGCCACGUAGUCGGCGGGAUUACCCCAGGCAAUUUUCCCUGGUUACUUUUAUUUCUACAUAUUUGUGCAAAUAUACCCUCCUGCAAUUCCAGACAGCUGACCGGUUUUUUUUUUUUACUUAAAAAUGAUACUGGAGUUAUGGGCGUACUUUGUCACAGCAUUCUUUUUCUCUGUUCAUGGAGCAAAACUUCCGGAGCCGGAGGUGAAAAUUGAAGUUUUGUACAAACCUUUCCUAUGCCAUCGGAAGUCAAAAUACGGGGACAUACUCCUCGUACAUUACGAGGGAUAUCUGGAGAGUAACGGCACCCUGUUUCAUUCCAGCCGUCAUCAUGGUGAUAAGAAUCCAGUGUGGUUCACACUGGGGAUCCGGGAGGUGAUAAAAGGGUGGGACAAGGGCCUCCAAAACAUGUGUGCAGGGGAAAGGAGGAAGCUCACCAUUCCCCCAGCACUGGCAUACGGCAAGGAGGGAAAAGGGGUCAUUCCACCAGAGAGCAGCCUGAUCUUUGACAUUGAAGUCAUGGAGAUCAGGAAUGGACCCAGGUCACAUGAAUCCUUCCAGGACAUGGAUCUCAAUGACGACUGGAAGCUCUCCAAAUCAGAGGUGAAGGAGUACCUGCGCAGGGAGUUUGAAAAACACGGAUACCCUCCCAAUGACACCCAUCAUGAGGCCAUGGUGGAGGACAUCUUCCAGAAAGAGGAUGAAGACGAGGACGGCUUUAUAUCUGCCCGUGAAUUCACAUAUAAACACGACGAGCUAUAGAAAAGUUUCUUAUUCUUGUCCCUGAGUAGUGUUCAACUUCACAAAGACUUAACCCUAAACACAGAGUCACAAAUGUAUACAUUCCGAUUUAAAAAGCAAAAGACCUGGACUCCAUUAUUUUGUAUCAGCUAGUUGGUUUCACUCAGUUACACUUAUGCUGGCUCAAAUUACUUGGCGUAUCUGGGCAGUUCUGAACCAUACACCUCUGGACACAGUAGCGUACCUCCCACCACCCCAGUUACAGUAUAAUGUGUUUGGGAGAAAGGAAAGGAUAAAGCUGUAACUAAUGAUCUAAAACUUAGUGAGCAGUUAUGUGGUUAUGUCUGCAAUCCUUUAAAUAUUCUCAGGGAUGGUUCAAAUUAAUGUUGUGCUCCCUUUUGAAAUAUAUACUGUUUGUUGUUGUUGUGUAACCAGCAUCAACAUUAUGAACUGCUAAGAUCAGCCAUGUGCCUUUCUCAUGUCCAUACACGGAGAAGAAGUGUGUGACUUAUUUUUUAUUAACAGUGCCUAUUCUGAAUGAAAGGAAUACCGUUGAAGCAUGAGAUGUUCAGAUAGAGGUCUUUUUGCUCUGAUACCUUUUAAACAAUUAAUGUGACUAAUUUUUCAAAACUGAUUUAGCUUUUAUUAAAGUUUUUUUUAAUUUUUUUUAAAGAUGUGAUAUUAUAUUCCGAUGCUGUAGAACCACGGAUUAUUUAAGUAGUCAUUUUAGAAAUUACCAGUAGGAGGCGAUCUUUGCUCAGUAGAUGAAACCAAUUGCUGAUGACCGAAGCAGUGAAAAUCAAAGUUAGAUGCAGCAGUGUGCUCAAUAUUUAUAAGAGAAAACUUGGAAAGAAAUAUUCAAACAACAGUUUUAUUUGAACAAAAUGUCAUAUUGUGUUAGACUGUGAUUGCCUUUUAGUAUAUUAAAAAUAUACUGAAUGGGA